CGACGAUCCUCCGACUCGAGGAGGCGCGAGUCGGAGGAGGAGCGGAACGGAGCGGCUGCUACGGCGGCUGCUGCCACUCCAGCAGCGGACUCGGGGCACAGAGGGGAGCUCACACUCACCACCGGUAGAGGAGCUCGCAGACUCGCGGAGCAGCGGCAGGCGGGAAGCGGAGACGACGACAUGGAGCCCGGGGCUCGCACCGCCAAAGUUCGAUACCGAGACGUGGGGAGACGAGGCGCGCUGGCCGCCGGCUGACCGGCGAUCCUCCCACCCACCUAUCCACCUUCUUCGAGGUGUUAAGACUCUUGCUGCUCCUCAUCUCAAGCUCCACCCCGACCCAGCCCCCAACCCCUUUCCCACGCCCCCCAACCCCAGCUACCCCCACCCCUCCCGACGGCGUCGCACAACGCGCAAUGUCUCCCCCACCCGCUCCGCUCCCGGGCCUCGCAUUGGCUGCCUACUGCAUCCUGGUGUCUGCCGGGAACUCAUCUCCCCUGGGAGGGCACCACUCCCCAUCCUCCUCCUCGUCCACCUCCUCGACGUCACAGGCUCUGCGCUCCUUCCUGCGGGAGCCCCUGUGCCGGGAGCCGUGCUCCUGCUUUGAGCGGGAGGGCCUGCUUGAGAUGAACUGCGAGGGCCGCGGCGUGACCUCCGUGGCGCGCCUCCCGGCGCCCCUCACGUCCCGUACUGGCGCCGGCGUGGCGCCGCCUCCGCCAUUCUCUCUGCUCCUCGGCGGCAACUCCAUCGGCCGCGUGGGGCCAGGUGACUUCGCCAACUUCUCACGCGUCUUGCUGCUCAGCCUCUCGGGCAACGGCCUCCGCGCGGCACACGACGGCGCCUUUGAGGGCCUGCGCUCGGUCCGAAAGCUCUUCCUAAGCAACAACCGCCUGGAGGUGCUACGAAACGACACCUUCCUGGGCCUGCACUCGCUCGAGUACCUGCAGGUGGACUACAACCUCGUCCGCCGCGUGCAGCCUGCCGCCUUCUCGCCACUGCCCCGCCUCAAGGUGCUCAUCCUCAAUGACAACGUGCUCACGGGCCUGCCGGCGCACGCCUUCCGCGGGCUGGCGCUCACCCACCUGGACCUGCGCGGUAACCGCAUCAAGACGCUGCCCCUGCCCGGGCUGCUCGAGCACCUUGGCCGCCUGAGCGAACUGCAGCUUGGCGAGAACCCGUGGAAUUGCUCAUGCGCGUCGCUGCCCAUGCGCCGCUGGCUUGAGCAGAUCCCCUACUCCACGUUGGUGGGCGAAGUGAUGUGCGAGUACCCAUUCCGCGUGCACGGAAAGCUGCUCCGCGAGCUGUCGCGCCACGAGGUCUGCUCGCGCCGCAUGAUGAUGCAGGCGGCAGGCGCCGGCAGGGUCCACGUGGGCGGGGGACACGGGGGCGACGCUCGAGCGGGAGGAGGAGGUUACGGAGCCGCCGACGACGAUGACGACGAAGGUGAAGACGAUGAACUGGGAGGUGGCGGCCUCGUGCCAAGAAGGCCGAAGCCUCCGGGCGCCCCCGCCGCCCCCAAGCCGGUGACGCCGAGCCCCACCGCCAAGCCCAGCAGCAGCAUCGCCGCCGCCAACAAAACUCUGGGCCUCAACCGACCCGGGCAGAGCGAUCUCUCACCCCACGCCAAGACCCCAGCGCCUUCCCCUCCCCGGGGUGCUACGCGGGCCCCUCCGCGGCCGGCACGCGUGCACACCCACGGCGAUGCCGCCGCAACAACGGCCGGCCCGGCGCGACCCCCUAUCCCUGUGGAGUGCCCGCGGCCGUGCCGCUGCCUCGUGCACAACGUGGACCUGGGCCUACGCGUCAAUUGCCAGGAGCGGGGGCUGGGCCGCGUGGCCACCCUGCGCCCGCGGCCCUCCGACCCGCGCCAGUUCUACCUGACGGGCAACCAGCUGCACGGCGUGAUGCGCGCCGACUUCCGCGGCUACUCGGGCCUGGAACUGCUGCACCUGGCCAACAACCGCAUCUCCUUCGUGCAGGACGGCGCCUUCGCAUCGCUGCCCUCGCUGCGCCGGCUCUACCUCAAUGGCAAUGAUCUGGCGCGCCUCACGCCCGAGAUGCUGGCCGGCCUCUCGGGCCUGCACUACCUCUACCUGGAGGGCAAUGUGAUCCGCGAGGUGGAGGCCGGCGCACUGGACGGCAUGCGCAGUCUGCAGCUCGUCUUCCUGGGGCGCAACCUCCUGCGCUCUCUGCCCGCCGGCCUCUUCUCGGGCGCGACCCGCCUCGCACGCCUAGACCUGCGGGGCAACCACCUGGCGUGGCUCGCAGCACGCGCCGUGCUUGAGCCCGUCACGGGGUUUGUGCAGGUGGACCUGCAGGAGAACCCGUGGGACUGCUCUUGCCCGCUGGCCGAGCUGCGCCGCUGGGCCGUGCGGCUCAGCAGCGGCGUGCUCGUGGGCGGCCUGACCUGCGAGUCACCAGAGGAGCUGGCCGGCCGAGACUUGCGCUCCGUGCCGCUGGACACGCUGUGCCCCAACCGCACGCGCGGGCCUCUGCCGGUCCCGGCCGGUGGGGGCCACGCCGGCAGUAACACCAGCGUCCUGCUCGGUACCGGCACCAACGACAGUGGCGACGGUCGCAACAGCAGUGGGGGCGCCGGCAAUAGGAGCGGCUCGGGCAUUUGGAUGGUGCCCACAUGGCCGCAGGUGGAGGCCACUACCUGUGUGGGCACGGCCGCCCCCGCUUGGGCUUCCGUCCCUACGGGACCCGUUCCCCUCUCCGUGCUCAUUCUGGGCCUGCUGCUCGUUCUGCUGUGUGCCGUCUUCGUGGCCGCCGGCUGGCUCGUGUUCGUCUUGCGGCGGCGGCGGUGCCGGCGGAGGAGGAGGAGGAGGGGGGGUGGCGGCAGCGGGGCCGGCCUGAGGGGUCGGCGGAGGAACGGGCGCACGAGGCUCCAGGACGACGCCAAGCGCUCCUCCAAGGUGGCGGGGGAAGGCGUGGGAGGGGGUGGCAGCGGCCGCGUAGGAGGAGGACCAGGGGGAGGGGUGGACUUCUUCGAGCCGGAGGGCGGCGCCAUAUCUGUGUAUGACCCGCGCUCGACCACCCCCAACCUCCUGCAGGAGAACCCCAUCUACAACCCCCAUGGGGACGACGAGGAGGAGGACGACGAAGACGAUGACGAUGAUGAAGACGACGACGACACCGUGGUGGCCAACAAGGGGGGGGAGGCUGCCAGCACCGAGACCCCGCUCCGGCAUGGCACGGCUGUCUCGGCGCCUAGGCACGCCGGUGGCCUGCACGAGCUCUCGUGCCACGCACUGCGCUGUGACGAGCGGCUGCGCUACUGCGAGGUGCGCGGCGCAGAUGCGCCUUUCCGCCGCCUGGCCGAGGAGCGGCCCUCGGCCUCCAUGGGGGCGGCUGAAGCCGUGGCCAAGGGCGGGUGCGGCGGGGAGUACCUGGAGCUGCGGGUACGGCUGCAACAGCAGCAGCAUCAGCAGCAUCAUCAUCAGCAGCAACAACAGCAUCAGCAACAACAUCAUCAUCAGCUACAACAGCAGCAACAGAAUCAGCAGCAGCAUCAAGCCGAGACGGAUUACCUGGAGGUUCUGCAAGGCCAGGUAGCUCUCAGCCACCUGUGACAAUUCACUUCCCUUCUCACGUCUCUCCCAUCUACGUAGGAAAUGUAUACUAUUGUUAUAAAUUUUCUACCAAGCCCAUAUCUUACAGAGAGGGGACCCUCGCCCAUAAACUUCUGGCAGUCCAUCAGUACUGGCUCAAGCAAGCCCCCCUCACUCUGAAUAAUGAGUCAUUGAAUGUUGCAAACGGUUCAGGGUUUGCUUUGUGUUUAACCCAAUGCUGCCGGGAGUGUGUGCUCCAAGAAGUUCCGCGAUGCCGAUGGGAUAUUUGAGUGACUGAAGCCUCCUUGCCACCGAGACGUGGGCUCAUCAGUUACCAUUUUUUUGUCCUCCGUGCCCAUAAAUGUUGAGUCAAAACCCUCCAGCCAGGUAGACUUGGCCCGUCGUUGUCUCUCUCGGGUGGACAGUGGGUCCCCUAUUGAGGUGACUCUCCACGUUCCACAUGUCUACGUCACAGAUCAGCCUUUCCAGAAAGGGCGAAAACUGAUUUUAAAUAUAUCGACCAGUUAAGGACAUCGAAGUGAGUUCCUGCACAAAUGAGCAGUGAUUGGGGCACUCGUGCUCAUUUCCAUUUACAGCCCUGCAGAGCCAGUGGCGGAAAUUCCACGUUUUAAUGACAGCGACGAGUAUAAACUGUAUAAGAUGAUCACUGUUGAUCUUGCCCACAAUGUGGUUCUUCUUUUAUUGACCGCAGAAGGACGGUGGGUUGAGUAAAGCCCUCCUAACCAGAAUUUGAACUUGGAAUAUCAUCAUCAUCACCAUCAUCCCUCUAUGUGAAAUAAAACGAGCAUUGCUUUAUGAAAAAGUUAUUGUAUAUUUUGCUAUGUGGAGAGAACGGACACCAACAUGGGAAUCUGAAAUAUCCACCAGUAGAUAAGAAGGGAGAAGCUUUGUCUUGUCUUUCUCAUAACUGGUGAGUGAAUAAGAGGUGACCUGCUCACAUGAACCGAUGUUAAAGUCACCACCUUUGCAGGGUUUGACCGUGGUCAGUCCAGGACAUUGGCAUCCUCUGUGUUCGAGUGUCAGCAGAGUUGAUUUGUACUGAGAUAUUGGUCCCGGUUGUUGCCGUGUUGAACUUUCUUUGCAGGAUACUGCACGGCUUUGACGACUUCGCGCUGACCGAGAGACCGCGUCCAUCCAGUUUGUUUGUGUGCCGGGAUUGGUGGUGAACCAGAGCAAUGCGCGUGGACAUGCCAACGUGCGUGAAAUCAGAAAACGUUUCAGGAAAUUGUAAGUUCAUUUUCUGACAUUCAGAUCAAGACAGCUGGGAUUUGCAAGUUUCUGGCAACACUGUCAGAGAAACGUGUGGGUUUCUGGGAAGUGUAAGAAACACUUUCAAGGCUCAUCAUCUGCACUUUGAAGUCUCUGGAGAUGUCUCGAGUUUCAAUCAAUGCGGGCGGGUUUCCCACUUUGGCACUGUGGUCAAUGAAUGAGCCAAUAAUUAGGCAGAAGCUUCUGAAUUUUUAUGCAAUUUCUGGCGUUUUUUGUUAAAAAACGUCUUGGCUGAAGCAUUUUUUUUUUAUCUACAAAUGUGAGUCAAUCGUUUUCAACUCUCUUUAUGAAAUCAGGACACCUCGCCGAGCCUCAGCAAUGUACUCGGGAUGCUCGGGUAAUUCCUGUCCAUCCAUUUCAAUUACGCGAGGGAGGAACGCAGAAGUGCCCAGAUGACGCCCGUGCACGCAAACGUGGAGAGUGCUUCAACAAUGUUACCACCACACAAGCAACAUGACCUUACCCUGGCUCGGCCUACUCGCUGUGCUGGCCUUCACGCGAAUGACAUAUUCCUCACGUAAAUCAUCAUCUUGACGGGCCGUGUCUCCUAUUCGUGAACCACCAACCCCCUCCUUCACCCCCCGUCUCUACAGGUCAGGAAAGGCUCAGUGAGUCCCAAGACUAUUUGUCAGGAGGGACCUGCUUGCGAGAUGUUUGGCCGAUUCCAUACUAAAGUCAUCUUUUGUGCACGAGAAAACCCAUGGAGACGCACGUCAAAAUACGGGAGGAUAACCUGCUGCACUGCCUUCUAAAAACACCACAUCGCUCCAUCUAUGAGUGAUCCACCAACUCCACCCCCCGAGUCUUUCUGGAUUACGGAACUGCAUAAUUGAUGAUCGUGGGAGGAUGUUGGUAAGUGUUGGACCAUGUCGGAAUGAGUUGUGACCUUGAUUAAUGAUCCACCGAAACGACAUGCCAAUUAAAAGCUCGCGAUCACUUCCACGAGACGAACCUGGAACACGGAGGAGACCUGUGUGACGUUUCGAGCAGAUACCUUAAUGAUUCAGAGUUGAUUUUGUUUUUUUUGUUCGGGGCUUGGGCCACGAUGUAAAUGUGGCGGUCAAAUGUGCGUGUCAUAAUACCAUUCGACAUAGCCACCAAACAGUUAAACGUGUUAAAUGGUGUACAAGUUUUUAUCGUAAUAUUUAAUCAUGGUUUUAACUCACCAGUAGAGAACGAUUCUCACAGGCAUAUUUAAUUUGUUUGGCUCUCGUCAGAUGGCGGAGGGUCUUACGACACGAAUCUGGCCCGCAUCUUGACGUGGGGCCAGCCUACUCGUAAAAAAUAAAUUCCGAUUCAAAGUAAUAACAAACUGCGGAAAAAAAACCCUGCUACUGCUGUGCGUUAGCAGCGUGUGAAUGUUAAACCGCAGGACACAUUCCCCAGGAAUGUACAUUAUCAAUCGGAGUGAGUGCAGCGAAACGUGAUGCAAGAUCUUUAUACUUAAUAAAUGGGAAUUUGCAAUGCACAUACCAGCAGAUGUUGCCCAUAUAUAUAUAUAUGUAGAUAUAUUAAUGAUCAUUAUUUUAUGACUGCGUUCCCACGGUUAGUGUGGAGUAGUUAUUAAUGAGCUUAAGCGGAGCUGGCCAGUCGGCGAUUGUGGUCAGACGCAGCAGCAUACAUUAGGCACAUGACAAUUCCUCAAUUUU